AUGCCAGUUGACCCGUCCCGUUGGAUGCGCCAGAGGCACAGCCACCCCCGCAUAGGGCCAGCCUACCAGGCCAAGAUUCCAUCUCUAGAAGGGGGGCCGUACCCCGAGGUGCCUUUGAAAUGGCUGGGAGAGGCAGCUGUAGCUGACGCGGAGACCCAAGCUGCAACGCCGGGGGAAGCACAGGGCAGUACAUCGGGAAAGGGUUCUGGACGAACACGCGGCGCUGGUACUGCAAGUAGACAGCUGGCCGCCGCUUCCCAGGCCUCUCGCCCGAUGACGCGGAAGAUGCGCGCGACAGCUGCACGGAAUUCAGAGCAAGCCGACCAGCUGCAGCAGGCAGCGGAAGCAGUGACAUUCUCAGCAGCAAUGCUGGCGGAUGCUGCCAGGGAGAUGAAGGAAAUGAGUACGGAUAUAGCAGGGGAAUCAUUUUGUGGUGCACCACCCGGGUCUGCCGAAGUGAGCUACCAUAGCGAUGCGACAGCAGUGGCCCAGUCGACAACCACCUUUUGCGGAGGCUUCCUCGUCAGUUCACAGGAGGCCGCAACAGAUGGAGAAGCUGCGGCUGCCGGUGCGAGUGGCACUGGUGAAGGCAAUUGCACGAGCGCCAGUGGAAUAUUCAGCUCUGAAAUACCCGUGGACCUGGCCUUCACACCGGCAGAUGAGCCAGAUUUAGCGCCAGUGCAAUUACCAGGAUCAGCGGAAGCCAGUUUGGAAGAACCAGGAUCGAUAGCUGAGAAACACGAGUUACCCGCAGCGGAGAGUGGUUCUUCCAAGAGGCAUAGGCCCUGCAAGGCAGCAGGCCGUUACACAGACGAGAACAGCCAGAGGUGCAAGGAAGCAGACACUUCAAGAUCUGCGGGAUUCUUUCUUUGUCCUUGCCCGUUACUGCAAGUCAGUGGGGAGAGGGAACCGAGCUCGAGUAUUGCUGUCUGGAGUAGCCACGUCGCCCCUACAAAUGUGCCUGGGAACAACCCCAAUGUGCAGAUUGGCUUAUGGCAUGUCACCGCUACACCUUUUUACAUACGAGGUAGUGAGAAGGAUUUCUGGAAUCAUACGUCACCGGCGCAUCGACUGUUCUGA